AUGAAUUUGUACACCUUAGUUGAUUCAGCUUGGCUUGAAACAGCUCUAGCACAGAUUCAAAGGCGCACACCGUUAGCCAUUGUUCUCACAAAUGUUCCAUUAGUCAACAACACUAUUCGUUCAUCAAUUAACAAGAUAACAUUUUACAAAACUCUCUUAUGUAAUAGACUAAUUACUAUUGAAGAGUACUUACAUCAUACAUACAAACUUCAAGAGUUUACUACUUUCUACAUUAAAUAUAAUAAUCGACUCUACGAGUGUUCAUCCAUUUUGAAACACAGAGAUGACACUCUCCUUACCGAUUAUUUGAUAUUACAAAGUUCAAACGACUCUCGUAUACAGGAAGAACCCUCAUCAGCCAGCACUCCUCUACAACGCCAGCUCUCUGCCAACACCUCGACACAGCAACAACUCUCUGCCAACACUCCUCUUCAACGCCAGCUCUCUGCCAGCACUCCUCUACAACGCCAGCUUUCAUCAGCCAGCACUACCAACACUCCCCCACAGCCACAACUCUCAAUAGCCAACGCUCCUCUACAAAGCCCACUUUCUUCCAACACCCCGCCACAACGCCAGCUCUCUGCCAACGCUCCUCUUCAACGCCACCUUUCAUUAGCUAGCAGUACCAACGCUCCUCUACACAGCCCACUUUCUUCCAACACCCCGCCACAACGCCAGCUCUCUGCCAACGCUCCUCUUCAACGCCAGCUUUCAUUAGCUAGCAGUACCAACACUCCCCCACAGCCACAACUCUCUGCCAACACCCCUCUUCAGCGCCAGCUAUCUGCCAACACUCUUCUACAGCAACAACUCUCUGCCAACACUCCCCCACAACGACAGCUCUCUGCCAAUACUCAGCCUCAGCCUCACCCAUCUGUGUCUAUUCCCUUUAAGCGCGGGAGACCCAAAGUUAAUGUACCAAAAGAUCUUAAGGUAACUAUUAGAAACCUAAUUGAGCAGCAUGGCCAUCUUGGAAUAAUCUCCGCCUAUAACCAAAUAAAUAAAGAUAUCGAAUAUGCCAAAUCUCAUUUUGAGGCAUUUUUGGACAUGAAGACGGGUAUUGUUCCACAGCCCACGCCUACCCAAGCAUGGUUCUCCGCUAUUGAACGUUUUAAGCCCCUGAAUCAAAUUUCUUCCACAAUUCCUUCCGGACUUAUGAUUGAAGA